CACGAUGCCGAGCUGUCCACCCUGGUGGCUGCUACUGCUGCUUUCGCUGUGGGAGCCGCUGCUCCGGAGGGCGGAGGCAGGCUCUGAGGGGCAGACGGCGGGAGAGCUGUACCAGCGUUGGGAACGGUACCGCAGGGAGUGCCAGGCGACACUAGAGGCUGCGGCGCCCCCAGCAGGCCUCGCCUGUAACGGGUCCUUUGAUAUGUACGUCUGCUGGGACCACACUGCACCCAAUGCCACUGCCCGUGCGUCCUGCCCCUGGUACCUGCCCUGGAACCGCCAUGUGGCUGCAGGCUUUGUCCUCCGCCAUUGUGGCAGUGAUGGCCAAUGGGGACCUUGGAGAGACCAUUCUCAGUGUGAGAACCCAGAGAAGAAUGGGGUUUUUCAGGACCAAAGGCUCAGCUUGGAGCGGCUGCAGGUUAUGUACACCGUGGGCUACUCCCUGUCCCUUGCCACACUGCUGCUCGCCUUGCUCAUCUUGAGUUUCUUCAGGCGGCUGCGCUGCACUCGCAACUACAUCCACAUCAACCUGUUCAUGUCUUUCAUGCUGCGGGCAGCAGCCAUCCUCACCCGAGACCGUCUGCUUCCUCCACCUGGCCCCUACCCUGGGGGUCAGGCUCCUAUCCUGUGGAACCGGGCCCUAGCUGCCUGUCGCACGGCCCAGAUCUUGACCCAGUACUGCGUGGGUGCCAACUACACGUGGCUGCUGGUGGAGGGCAUCUACCUGCACAGCCUCCUGGUGCUUGUGGGAGGCUCCGAGGAGGGCCACUUCCGCUGCUACAUGCUCUUCGGCUGGGGGGCCCCCGCACUUUUCGUCAUUCCUUGGGUGAUCGUCAGGUACCUGUACGAGAACACGCAGUGCUGGGAGCGGAACGAUAUCAAGGGCAUUUGGUGGAUUAUAAGGACCCCUAUCCUGCUAACCAUCUUGAUUAAUUUUCUCAUCUUUAUCCGCAUCCUUGGCAUCCUCGCGUCAAAGCUGAGGACGCAACAGAUGCGCUGCCCAGACUACCGACUGAGGCUGGCUCGCUCCACGCUGACGCUGGUGCCCCUGCUGGGCGUCCACGAGGUGGUGUUUGCUCCCGUGACUGAGGAACAGGCCCGGGGUGCCCUGCGCUUGGCCAAGCUCAGCUUUGAGAUCUUCCUCAGUUCUUUCCAGGGUUUUCUGGUCAGCGUCCUCUACUGCUUCAUCAACAAGGAGGUGCAGUCGGAGAUCCGGCGGGGCUGGCACCGCUGCCGCCUGCGCCACAGACUCGGCGAAGAGCCGUGCCAACCCCCCGAGCGCGCCUUCCGGACCCUGCCCUCGGGUUCCGGCCCCGGCCAGGUCGCCGCCGGCCGCGCUCUGUGCUCGAGGACACUCCCAGGUCCUGCGGGUGAGGCCAGCCAUGUCUUAGAAAGUUACUGCUAG